AUGUUGCAGGCGUUAUUCGCGACCGAGACCUUCGCUAUGGAUCUCAACAUGGCCGCAAGGACUGUUGUGUUCACAAAUUGCCAGAAGUUUGACGGCAAGGAUUUCAGAUUUAUAACUUCAGGUGAAUAUAUCCAAAUGUCGGGUAGAGCCGGUCGUAGAGGUUUGGAUGAUGAAGGUAUUGUCAUACUGAUGAUCGACCAGAAGGUUACUCCCAGUGUUGUUAAAUCUAUGGUACAAGGGAAGGCUGAUCCUAUAAAUUCUGCAUUCCAUCUUAUAUACAAUAUGGUCCUUAAUUUGUUAGGAGUGGAGGAAAUAAAUCCUGAAUACAUGUUGGAGAGAAGUUUCUAUCAGUUUCAAAAUCAAGCUGUAAUACCAGAUCUCAUUGACAAGGUGAAAGCUAAGCAAAAGGAAUAUAACGCGUUAUCAAUAGAGCAGGAACAGUCCAUAGCUUCAUAUUGUCACAUAAGGUCUCAGUUGGAGCUACUCGGGUCACAGUUCAGGGCAUUCAUCACAAAGCCGGAGUACAUUUAG